UAUUGCUGACAAACGGUGAAGUAUUAUGCGGAAUAUUAAAAAAAUUGUAUCAUGACACUGUAUAUUUUAUUCAUCACUGAAAGUUUAUAGCUUUGAGAUCUGUUAAAUGAUAUCGUUGCGAAAGAUGUACUUAAUACGACUGCGUGGAAUGUAGAACAAAGACGACGGAUUUAAAUUGUGUGUGUACGGUAUGUGCGUUUCCAAUAUAGUGGCAGAAGUCUUUUUAAGUGUCUACAUAAUGCGUUGUGUUAUUGAAUGAUACAGGAGCGGUCCUGCAACUUAUAAGGUGUUUAAAUAUAAAACUAAACAGACAGCUCCACUGCCACCGCAGAGAGGAAUAACGUUGGAAUAAUGAAACUCAACUCAGGCUGAUUGAAAUACGAUCUUAUUUAAAAAACUGAUUCAAGAACUGACCGCUCCAAAGCGUACCAUGGAAGUGCUGACGACGUCAUUAAUGUCGUUAUCAUACGCCGUCACUACGUUGGUGAACUCUAUGCUUGGCAUUAUACGGUUGCUAUGGCAAUGGUACAUCGUCUCCAGGGUAGCGCGUGAGGAGUUUCCCGACCUUGCCCUUCCCCCGGGAGACAUGGGCUACCCCGUCAUAGGCGAGACCAUUGACCUUCUCAAACAUGGAGCAGACUUUUACAACGAAAAAUUACGUCGCUACGGCAACGUUUAUAAGAGCCACUUGCUUCUCAGUCCAUGCAUCCGGGUUGUCGGUGCCGACAACGUGAAGAAGAUUCUUAUGGGAGAGAACACACUCGUGACCGCAACAUGGCCAUUAAGUACACGACUGUUACUCGGCAAGGGAUCUUUAUCACAGGCGUCCGGUCACGUGCACAAAAUACGAAGAAAGCACAUGAUGUAUGCGUUAAGUCGCGAGACGCUUGAAGGGAUGAUCCCAUUCAUUAAAACUUGCGUAACGUCCGUUCUGACAGAUUGGAAGUGCAGACGAGAUAUAGUAACCUACCCAGAAUGCAAGCAGAUGACGUUUAGGAUUGCGGCGGGCGCACUGAUGGGCAUUGAUCCAACCGAGAAGAGGAUUGGCAAAAUGCACGAGAUGUUUGUGGACUUUAUGAAUAGUUUAUUUACAAUACCGGUGAACCUUCCUGGAUUUGGGUUUCGGAAGGGAUUGAAGGCGAAAAAACAGCUACUCGCGAUUCUCCGCGAGGUUAUAGCGGAUGUACGCAAGGGGCCUUAUACCCCAGUGAUGAUGUCCUACUUUAAAUCCAGCGAAACCAUGGGCGUCGACCCAGAGGACGAUUUACUCGAGGGCGUGCUUGAUGUGCUCUUCGCUGGUCACGAGACGCUGGCGAGUACGACCACGAACUCCGUCAUGUUUCUAGGGCAACGGAAAGACGUCGUGCAGAAAUUACGGGACGAAAUCAGGCAUACAUUGUGGACAGAUCAGAACGCUAUGGCUGCCGGUGACGGGUGCGAUUGUUCAACGGAGAGACUGACAUUUCAGAAGAUAAAUGAACUCAAGUAUUUGAACAGCGUCGUCAAUGAGGUGCUGCGUCUGUGUCCGCCUGCCGGGGCUGGCUUCCGGAAAGUGCUGAAAUCCUUCGAGCUGGGGGGGUUCCUGAUACCAAAAGACUGGAUUGUCAUGUACAGUAUCCGGGAAACGCACUACACAUCGCCUCUCUUUGAAAACCCUGCUGAUUUCAACCCAGACCGGUGGACGGAUAUCGACGCGGCCUCGUCCGACGGUAAUAAACAAGCAAGGUUUCACUUCCUGCCGUUCAGUUACGGAGCGCGCGGAUGCAUAGGAAAAACUUAUGCCCAGAUGGUGUUGAAAAUCUUCAUAAUAGAAUUAGUUCAGCAAUGUGAAUGGCAAUUGUGCAACGACAAACCGGAAAUGAGGUUUUUCCCAGUUCCCGUCUCUACCGACCAUCUUCCCAUCGUUGUGAUGACGCGCACGGAAACAGUUACGUGAAAACAAAGUGCAAUAAAACAAUUAUUAAAUGAUUCAUAUAGCCAGUACAAUUAUAUAACUAACAAUUUGUGCAUAUAGGGAUAUUUUUUUCCCACAUGCUUAUUUAUACGGACUAAGAUAGCUUUCAAUUAAGGUGUGUUUGAAUACGCACGUUUGAACAUCUAUUCCUUGGCGCGAAAGCCUUCACGAAUGGAGUUUAUGCAAAACAGGUAUAAAUAUAUAGGACUAUAUUUAGGAUUACGAAGAGGGCAAUAACACGUGUGUAAAGCAUUAGCAUGUAUAUUUGCUUGGAUAAAACAUCGAGUUGAACUAUGUGUUACUCUCAUUAUUGUCACCUACCGGUGAAACCGGAGGGGACUUAUGGUUUGCGCUCUGUCCGUCAGUCCGUCACACUUUUCUGGAUCCUGCGAUAACUUUAAAAGUUCUUAAUAUUUUUUCAUGAAACUUAAAAAAACAUGGAUAGAUGGCAAUAUGGGGAUUAUGCACGUCAUUUCAUUUUGUUCCUACGUCAAGAAUUCUGGUUGCUAUGGCAACAAAUUAAAAAAAAUCUGACAAUGGUGGAGUUUCACCGGUAGGGGACAAUAUAUAUUGCUUGGCAAUCUCUUGUUAAUAUUAUAACUCAGUUUAAUGUAACCAUGAAUUGUGUUGACCCGCCACCAGGAGAUGCCAGGUUAGAAGAUUGGUUUAAGAAGCGAUGGGAUCUAUCAUUAUUGUCUUUGAUGUGGAGCCCUUCUAUACAGAAAUCAACGUCCUCUCGUACGUUGAAUUAUAUUGACACGGAUGACGUGAUUCGUAAUAACUACGUCUUUAAAAAAAACAUUUCAAUGUCUGAUUCUUUCUAGGUUUUUGCAUAUUCACGAGACUCGGUUUGUUGUUAUCAGAUUUAUAAUGUAUUUAUUAUUUGUUAUUAGGCAUGUGCCAUUGAAUUGCUAAAUAUCUAUGUGUGAACCUUUCACGAGGUUUUACGUUCCCGUUGAAUAUAUUUUAUUAUCCUCGUGGUGAGUGUGGGUCGAGGGCAUCCACUCCACACCGUACAGAGUAAACGAAUGGUAUAUUUCAUAAAACAACAUUCAGAUGUACAUGUAAACAACAUUAACUUUUACAUAACAUUGCAAACAAUAUUUUGGUUUCAGUCAUGCACGUAGGCAAUAUUAGAUAAAAUAUAUUUUAAUAAUUUUACCAACUUUUUUAAUUGUUAUUUUUGUUUUAACAUAUUUUAUUUAACUUAUUCUGAAGUAAUAUUCUAAACAUAUACUAAACUAAGAAAUAUUUUCUGAACUCCGUAGUAAACGGUUUACCUAAAAAAUAUGCUGUAUAGAGUCUUGAAUGGACCUGUCAUUUGAACAUUCUUAUUAGCACGCGAUGACCCUGUUACAUAGAGUAGUUUGCUUUCCUGGAACAUACCGGUGAACGAUGGGCCAACCUGUUUUAAGUGUUCAACACGUUGUAUUAUUUUUAUUUUAUAACUGUAAUGUUUCUGUUAUAUCUUCUUAUAUACAUAAUAUUAUGUUUUGGUGAUUUCCUUGACCAUGUACCGGUGAUAUAGAUGUAAAUGGUUAUUUUAUACAUGUUAUUACAUUGAUCGCCAUUAUCAAUUAUUGACAUACAAUUAUAAUAAAUUUUGUUAACAUUA